UGUGCUCGUGCUGUUGUCGUUUUUAUUUUCAUAAUUCGAAUUGUAUCAAUAUACUGUAAUUAUUUCUUCUGGCUUCUUUAUUUGAUCCACUGCAUUAUAUUUGGAGUUUUAUUAUUGAAUCUUGUAAUUUUUGUUGUCUGGAUUUGAACGAAAUUUCUUGUUACUGUAUAGUUUUGAACUAUUCCAGUAACCUUGAGAAAGCUUAACGAUGUCGUUCGGAUUAGACGAAACAGCUGCUUCCCACCUGAAGUAUGUGCAAGAACUGGAUGCGGACACGGCGGAGGAAAUUUGCAAAGUUGCAUUUCAGUUCUUGCAAUCGGGAAUACAAGCACGAUUAAUCGAUAAAGCCGCGAAGCGUUUGGAAUGGCCCACAGAAAAACUGCAGCAGUUAUUGGAGGCUUUAAUGGAGUUCUACCGGAGUGCUGCUCGAGUCGAUGUGUCUAAAGAAGAUUUGGAACUGGUUAUUACACAGUCUCUGCGCUUGUCGACCGAAUAUGCAGCAAUCUUGUCGGAAUUCUACUCCACCAUCCGUUCUGAUCUGCGCAACAUUCUGGCCAAUUUAUCCUUUAGCGAAGCGAGAUAUAAAGAUAUGGAAUGGCGAUUCGAAGUGGAAAUUGCCUCGCGCACCCUCCACAACCGCCUUCGUCCAGUUGUCUAUUUGCAACUGCAACUUGAACAAGACGGAAAUCAGACAACUUCCCACACUCUGCAAAUGGACAUUCCGACGCUGUUGCAUGUGACAGAGGAGCUGGAACAGGCACUUCAAGAUAUUAAAUCCAACCAUGCCAAGAGAAUUAUGCGGCACAUUAAAUGAUUGCACUAUCAGCAAUAGCAUGUCUAGGGCGCUGGCGUUGAUUGAUGUUUAAUUUUGAUAAUCUUCUGUGAUUGCAGUUUUGGUUCCCAGAAUUACUGUGCGAGCCGAGUUGAGUAUAUUAAAAGCUAUCCAGAUAUAUGCACGGUCAGUGCCAUAAAUUACACCUGUAACUGUUUGAAAAUGGCCCUCUUGCUUUCAUUUGUUUUGUAAACAAAUAGACGGUAUUAAUGGAUAAUGUCUCUGUAAACAACAUUUACUACUCUAGCCUAG